UACUUUUUGGGGCUACAGUAGGUCUGCAAUGGAAAAUGCAGUUGUCUCUGUCUGAUAAUAUUGUUGGACUUUUUAGAGACAGCUAUGACUGUAACACAGGUUGGAACAAUAGCCUGAAGGAGAUCGGGCUUUUGCUACCUAUUUCUGGGACAGCCAGUGGUCGAGGACUUACUAAGAAAGAAACACUGAUCCACAUGCUGCAAUACUUUGAUUUUCUUCAGAGUCAUAUUCAGAAUUUACAGAGCAGCCUCCCAUCCUACUGCCUCCCAAACAACAGUGAUAGAGGUGCAUCAGAGAGUGAAGACACGCCUCUCUCAGAGCCCAGCACACCUCCACACUUACUGAAGGCGAAGCGCAAGUACAGCUGUACUCGCUCACGCAAGAAAACCACAUCUAAUCCAGAAUCUUUUGAUGACAGGAGUAGCAGUCUUCAUAAAGAAGAUGCUUAUAGACAUGUCACGGCCAACACAAACAGAGCGUAUCCCCCUACAGGGAGUUCUGAUAAAGGAGUGUACUUUAUUGACGAGAGCGACAGCAAAACACACCCAGAUUUUUCUGAUUCCUACUACAAUGCGCUGUUGCCAACAACAUCUUCUUCCAGAACAGGAAGCAGUGUGGAUCAGGAAUCCCCCUGUCAAGGACUUGGAAGCCAGUGUUCUGUCUGUGAGGACAGGACAGGAAGUGAGGAUGGGAGCUUGGGAAGCAACGACCUUGAUACUCCACCUUCUGGGUCCUUUCUUUUGAAAGACCGGAUGCUGGGAAUUCUCCCUUCUUUGGGGAAAAAGCAGUUGCCUGCUAGCCCCACACUCCCACAGACACCUGUACUGCCACUACUCCCACUGCUGGGAGCUGGGAAGGGCCUGAAUCUUAGCCCCUCUUUGCUCACAUCACCAGCUCGUGGCCUCAGUCACCCACUACUACCCAAUAGACAAGAGGAGCUGCAGACAUUAUUUGAAGAUGUAUGGGUCACUCCUAAACCUACUGUUCUCAAAGCACCCAAUUUACAACACAAAUCUCCAGAUGAGUCAGAAGAUGAUAGAGGUUCAGAUUAUAUGAACUGGACCCCAAAACAGCGCAUUCCUGAGAGAACAGCAACAAAAGCUCGUCGCAGGAGAUUCUUCAACAAGAGCCAGGAUGUUACAAACCCUAGCCCGAAGAAGAAAUGUGUGAAUGGCUUUAUCAUGUUUUGCCGAGUGAACCGGAGAUUGUAUCUUAGAACGCAUCCUGGCACUCCUUCGACUGUGGUUACCAAAGAGCUGGCCAAAUUGUGGCAUAUAAUGCCUAAGCAAGAGAGACGUUUGUACUGCCUGAAAGCAAGGCACUUCAGUCGCCAGCAAAACCGUAAUGUGCGUAGUGAAGGCUGGCAGGCAGACGAGGAAGCAGAGGACUGUAUCCUGAGCCCCCUGCAUAUGUUAUUGGCACACAGAGAUUUGUACUUUGCUUCCAGGGGAAUGCCUUGA